AUGCUGUCACAACUCCCCGCGGCAUUGUGCCUACUGCUCUGCAGCGCCGCUGGGACCGCUGCGUCGAGUCUCGUCCUUUUCUCGGACGCGAAUUGCCAGACUUCACAGACCCGCCUCGCGGGGGAGAAUGGCUACCCGGACGGAUACUGUACGAAUAUCGCGGAAGUGGCCGAUGCGACAUACAAGAGCUUUAUGUUCACGGUCCUCGACGAUGGCUGUACUCCCACCAUCUACCAAAAGGAUAGCACAUCAGAUAUAUGUUCAGGCGACCAGAUUAUUGGAUAUAUCUCAAGGUGCUACAAUACGUCAUGGGUAUAUUACAGUAUAGACAUGUGUACAUCAGUCACCACAAGCGAUGCUUCAUCCGCAACCUCAACAUCAUCAUCAACAUCCUCGGCAUCGUCCACCUCUAUUGCAACGUCGAACGGCGUUUCGGGUGGCGCCAUAGCAGGCGCAGUAGUCGGCAGUGUUUGCGGACUUGGGAUCAUAGCAGCUGUGUGCGUCUACUUUUUCUGGUUCCGACCCAAGCAACGCGAGAGGAAGAGGAGAGAGAUAGAGGAAUCAGGGAUGAAAGAUGGAGGCGGCGCAUCAUCUACUGGAGCCAUGAGAAAGGAGGAAGAGGACGGAGAAGCCUAUUUGAUCAGCAUGCACCAGUCACAACAACGGCCACACGAAUUGCAAUCCAUGCCAGACGUGUUUGAGGCGCCUGGGGACAUUCACGCGACAGAGCUUGAUAAUGGUGAGCCACCAGUGGAGUUGCCUGGGGAUCACGAGUAUCAAGGCGGCCACUCGAAUAAUACCAGCAUCCGGGACCAGAAUAGCAGACACUAA